AUGGAGCCAUUGAACAUCUCAGAAGUCGACCCUGCCUCCCUCAAGGACAAGCAUGCCUUUAUUACCGGAGGUGCUUCAGGUAGGCGCUCGAAGUGGCUCAUCUAAACCAGAUGGUAUUUGCUCAUUCAACGCAUCGCAGGCAUUGGCAAAGCCGUCGCAGAGUCCUGGGCCAAGGAGGGCGCUUUCGUGACCAUUGCCGAUAUCCUCCCCGAGAGCGCCGGGAGCACAGUCGCUGCCAAACUUGGAGCCAAUGUUCAAUAUGUGCUCUGCGACGUCACGGACUGGCAGAGUCAAGUCGCUGCUUUCAAGACCGCCAUUCGUGGAUCCCCGUCCCAGGCUCUGGACAUCGUUGCGACAUUCGCAGGCACCGCUUUUGCGGCAGGAAAUCAAGUCGACCACGUCCUCGCUGCCGGAGAACCCAGCCUGGAUGCUGAGCUUGCCACACCCGACACAAGGAAUCUGGACGUGAACCUGCUCGGCGCCUAUUACAGCUCUUGGCUGGCUCUUUAUUACCUUCGUCUGAAGCCUGCCAACGGCGUACCGGCUCAGCAGCCUGCAUCCAAGUCUUUGAUCUUCGUUUCUUCCAUUGCAGGCUACAUGGACAGUCCCAAAGCCUGCACAUACCCAGCCUCCAAGUUCGGUGUGCGUGGACUCUUCCGCUCCACCAGAGCCCGAACGCUCGACAUCGGCGUGCGUUGCAACCUGCUCGCCCCGUGGUUUGUGGACACACCACUCAUGGCCCCGGUGAAGAAUGCAAUGGCCUGCAGAGGCAUGGAUAUGGCGAGGGUGCUUGGGUUCGCGAGUAUCGAGAGUUGCGUCCAGACGGCGACGUACGCUGCGGCUACGAAUAUUCACGGGCGGGCCUUGGUGAUUCAACCGGAGGGAACGUUCGAUCUGAAGGACAAUGUGGAAGACGGCUGGGCGGGAGAUCAGCUUCGUCCGAUCAUGCAGCGUCGUCGUGAGGCGGGAUUCAGUGUGUAA